AUGUCGGGCAAUAAACUCCUGAGUGAACUCGGCUAUAAGAUGGGCCGCACGAUCGGAGAGGGCAGCUUCUCCAAGGUGAAGGUGGCCACGUCCACAAAGCACAAGGGCACAGUGGCCAUCAAGGUGGUGGACCGGAGGCGCGCACCGCCUGAAUUCGUCGAUAAGUUCCUGCCUCGCGAGUUGUCCAUCCUGCGGGGUGUGCGCCACCCGCAUAUAGUGAACGUCUUCGAGUUCAUCGAGAUGUGCAAUGGAAAGCUGUACAUCGUGAUGGAGGCAGCCGCCACCGACCUGCUACAGGUAGUACAUCGCAAUGGGCGGAUUCCCGGAGAGCAGGCGCGCGACCUCUUCGCGCAAAUCGUGGGCGCCGUGCACUACCUGCACAACCACCACCUAGUGCACCGCGACAUCAAGUGUGAGAACGUGUUGCUUAGCGCGGAUGAACACUAUGUCAAGAUCACAGACUUUAGCUUCGGCCGCGAGGCGCACGGUUACCCCGACUUGAGUACCACCUUCUGCGGCUCGGCUGCCUACGUGUCGCCGGAGGUGCUGCUGAACAUCCCCUACGACCCCAAGAAGUAUGACAUGUGGAGCCUGGGUGUUGUGUUGUACUUCAUGGUCAUCGGGUCCAUACCCUUUGACGACUCGGACAUCGCUAGCAUGCCUCUGCUCCAGAGUCGUGGCGUGCUUUAUCCCGACGGUCUCGAGUUGCCCAAGCGCUGCAAGGCACUUAUCUCCAAGUUGCUGCAGUUCAUGCCAUCGGCCCGACCUUCGGCCGCCCAGGUAGCACGCAAUGAUUGGCUGCGGGCAGGAGCCUAA